AUGAGAACCAUCAAGGUGUCCGUGGUACAGGGUCAGGAUGACUGGGGAGUGACUUUCACUUCUACUCAGAUCUGUGCUGUAAAAGGAUCAACAGUGGAAAUGAGCUGCAAUUACAAACAAACAACCUACAUGGAUGGCUAUUAUCUCACAGUUCAGAAAACAUUCUGGUUCAUUAAAGACUCUGUGGAUCUGACAACAGAUGAAGCCGACGCAGAUCGAGUGGAGUACAGAUGUGAUGGGAAGAGAUGCACUCUGAGAAUCAGAGACCUGAGAGAGAGCGACUCAGCUGUUUACAGGAUCAGGUUCAUAACAAACCCACUUGGAGGACUUUAUAGUAGUCCAACUGGAGUCACUUUAUCUGUCACAGAUCUGCGUGUAAAUGUGCCAAACUCAUCUUCCAGCUGGAAAACACUGACAUGUCACAGUGACUGUCUUUUACCUGAUCAUUCUACCUAUGUCUGGUACAAAAAUGGACGUGAUACUGGGAUAGCAACACGUUCUCAUUCAGUAGACUUUCAGUACAGAGACAGCUUUUCUUGUGCUCUAAGAGGAUUUGAGGAUUUCCCUUCAGCUUCAGUCUAUGCUCCAAAGCUUCCCUCUGUGUCAGUGAGUCCAUCUGCUGAGAUAAUGGAGGGAAGUUCAGUGACUCUGACCUGCAGCAGUAAUGCUAACCCAGCAGCUAAUUACACCUGGUACAAGAGGAAUGGAAAUCCAGCCCUUCAAUCUCUCAGUAAUGAGUCACAGCUUAUCUUCAGCUCCAUCCAGUCCUCAGACUCUGGACUCUAUUGCUGUACAGUGGAGAAUGUGCUGGGCAAGAGGACAUCUGAAGACUUUGGUAUUGAUGUGAAAUAUGCUCCAAAGCUUCCCUCUGUGUCAGUGAGCCCAUCUGGUGAGAUAAUGGAGGGAAGUUCAGUGACUCUGACCUGCAGCAGUGAUGCUAACCCAGCAGCUAACUACACCUGGUACAAGGAGAAUGAAGACUCACCAAAAGCAUCAGGACAGAAUUUCAGCAUCAUUAAUGCCACAUCAAAGCACAGUGGGAAAUAUUACUGUGAAGUCAGAAACAGCAGGGGGCACCAUAACUCCUCCUUAGAUUUGAUCAUUGCGCCUGGUAGGUGA